GGCAACGCAAGAGACUAGAGAGUGCGUGUGAUAAAAACGGCGUUAGACUAGUCAUCCAAUGAGAAUGAGUCAUCGCAAACGCUAUCAAGACGGAAUUCGACGAUAAAAAAAAAAAAGCGUUGUCGAAUAAAUUUUUCCACAAGUCACAAGAAUCGCGUUGUUGUGACAACAGACGUUUAUCGUUUUCAAGCGGAUACUCGUAGUUUCCUUGGAAUCAUGGCCGCAGUGAUGAACAGACCGAAGGUGGACGAGACCAACAAGUCGACAAUGCGCACCCUCAAUCUAAACGGACAUGUAGGUUUUGACAGCAUGCCCGACCAGUUAACGCACAAGUCUGCGCAAAACGGCUUCGUAUUCAACAUAUUGUGCAUCGGUGAAACGGGUCUGGGAAAAUCAACACUUAUGGAUUCUCUAUUUAAUACCAAUUUCGAAUCUACCCCGUCCACACACAGUUUGCCAAACGUGAAACUCAAGGCUCACACUUAUGAAUUGCAAGAGAGUAAUGUUCAACUUAAGUUAACACUUGUUGAGACAGUUGGUUAUGGUGAUCAAAUAAACAAAGAAGACAGCUUCAAAUCUAUUGUAGACUAUAUUGAUACACAAUUUGAAUAUUAUUUACAAGAAGAACUGAAAGUAAAACGUUUAUUGUCGACAUAUCAUGACACUAGAGUUCAUACCUGUUUGUAUUUCAUCUGUCCUACAGGACAUGGAUUAAAAUCAAUUGAUUUAGUAUGUAUGAAAAAACUUGAUACUAAGGUAAAUGUGAUUCCAAUAAUUGCCAAAGCAGAUACUAUAUCUAAGUCUGAAUUACAAAAAUUUAAGACCAAAAUAAUCACCGAAUUGCGAUCAAAUGGGGUAGAAAUCUAUGAGUGCCCAACAGAAGAUGAGACUAUAGCUGAUGUAAACUCUAACAUGAAUUCUCAUGUGCCCUUUGCAGUUGUUGGAAGCACAGAUUUUGCCAAGGUUGCAAAUAAAAUGGUUCGCGCUCGUCAGUACCCAUGGGGAACAGUUCAAGUUGAAAAUGAAUCACAUUGUGAUUUUGUGAAGUUGAGAGAGAUGUUAAUUAGAACUAACAUGGAAGAUUUGCGAGAAAAAACUCAUGAUAAACACUAUGAAUUAUAUCGAAAAAUGCGGUUGGAACAAAUGGGCUUUAGUGAUGUGGACAAUGAAAAUAAACCACUAAGCUUCCAGGAAUCUUUUGAAGCAAAACGUAGUCAUCAUUUACAAGAGUUACAGAACCGUGAAGAUGAAAUGAGGCAAAUGUUUGUUGUCAGAGUAAAAGAAAAAGAAGCAGAAUUGAAAGAAGCUGAAAAAGAGUUACAUGCCAAAUUUGAUAAACUAAAACGUGACCAAGAUGAACAAAAGAAAAGGUUGGAAGAACAGAGAAGAAAGUAUGAAGAUGAUCUAAUGGAGUUUAGCAAAAGGAAGCAGCAGUACUCUAGCAUGGGACAUCAUACUCUAACUUUAGGCAAGAGUAAAAAAAAAUAAAUAUUCUCUUAAAACGAAUAUGGUUAACUAAUAUUAUUUGUACUUUAUGAAAUGAUCAUAUAUAUUAUCACAAACUAUUUUACUUUUAUUUAUUAGACUAUACACUUAUUCAUUUAUCUAUUUUAUCAAUAGAUACUGAGUAAUAAAUUUAUAUUUACUAUCUUGUGUGAGAAUAAUCAAUGUGAUUAAUUAAUAAUAAUGAUAUAAUAAAUAAAUAAACUGUAGAUUUUUGGAAUAAAAAUUACAUUUCAACAUUCCAAUAGUAUAAAAUUUAAUGUAUGUCUAAAAAAUUCUCAAUUAUUUUAUAGUUAUUACUAUUUGCUAGAAUAAUGUUUUAUUCAGAAAAAGUAUAUAAUAUAAUAUUGUUACAUUCUAUUAUUGUAUUAAAUUCUUAAUUUAUGCUAUUUUUUUUUAUUAGUAUAUUAAUUUGAGGUUAUUUAAUAUAAUUCACACCAUGGCUAUAUCUAAUUAUUUUUGUACUCCUUUAUUUGUUAUUAUUUUUACCUAUUUAUAACCAAUCAAUCAAAAUCUAUGGUUUAUAAUUUGUAUAACAUUAUUUUUUUUAUUCUUAUGAUAACAAAUAUAGUUGACAUCACAAUUACUUUUGUUUGUGCCAAAUUUUAAAUGCAUCCAUGAAAUAACAGUACAUGUUUGUCUUCCUAAAUAUUUUAUUCAACAUAUUAUGAAAUAGUUUUACAUAGAAUAAGUUUUAAUAAUAAUAUUUACAGUUUUUUUUUUUUAUAUAUAUAUAUAUAUAAUUGAGUUUUUUAAGGUUGUGUAAUGAUUCUUUUGUGUAAAUUUUUUCUUCAAAUGUUUGUCUUAACCUUAGUAUUGUUUGAACGGGAAAAGUAAGAUUAUAAUUGAGUAAUUCGGUUUUAAAUUAAAUUUUUUACUUUUGUAUCUACCUAGUAGAUAAAAUAUUUGCAUUUAUAUACAUAAUAAUUGGAUUUUGUAUAUUAAAUAUUUUAUUUAUCCUUUUA